UGGCAUGGCUUUCAAAGUGAUCCAUUAUUUCAGUUUUUAAAUAAUUUAAGACGUCACAUUAAAAGCUUUGAAAAGCAUGCCACAUAAUAAGCAUGCCACUUACUAUUUUAAGGUCUAUCAAUACGUAUUGUGCUCAGCAGGACUUUAUUAAUACUUAUAGUCUGAUGGAAGGAUUGGAAUACUGGCAGUGAGCAGUCUCCCUUUGUGCACAAAUUGCAUCGCUGCUGUAAAAGCUUACUUGUUCAUCUUCCCCAAAUAGCCUGCAGAUGAACUCUUCAGCUCCUCUUUCUCUGAAUCUUGCUCGGAGUGAUAGACUGUCCCACGUUACCAGUCUAUCUCCUUUCUGUCUGCGGGAAGGGAUCUGAUUAACUACGGGCAGGUGGGGAGGGCUGCUGUCUCUGCUUGCUGGGAUGGGGCAGAUGCUAGGAUAAGGGACCCAGGGGGACAAGAGCAGUUUGCUAGCCUUGCUGGAAAGGGGACACACCCAGGCAUCUAGAUCUCCCGGCCCCUAGGUGCAGCUCAGUGGCACAGCGUCGAGGUGUAGAGAUACUUGGACAUCCAGGCACCCGUGGAUGUGGUACCAGAUUGGCCAAAAUGGGAAGGACUGGAUUCCGCUCUCUUCCACGAAGAGUCAAUGGGACUGGCUGAGAUCAAGGUCUGAGGCUCUUUCCACCUGUCACCAGUCCCUUUUUGCUUUCUUUUACGACCACAUGAAACUUGAGAAGCCACCUAAAGCUAAAUCAUUUAGUGGAGUUGGGCAGUUCCCAAGUGUCCAACAAGAAGGCCUGCUUUAGGCUGCGAUGGCCACUGUCAUUCCUGGUGAUUUGUCAGAAGUAAGAGAUACCCAGAAAGUCCCUUCAGGGAAACGUAAGCGUGGUGAAACCAAACCAAGAAAAAACUUCCCUUGCCAACUGUGUGACAAGGCCUUUAACAGUGUUGAGAAAUUAAAGGUUCACUCCUACUCUCACACAGGAGAGAGGCCCUACAAGUGCAUACAACAAGACUGCACCAAGGCCUUUGUUUCUAAGUACAAAUUACAAAGGCACAUGGCCACUCAUUCUCCUGAGAAAACCCACAAGUGUAAUUAUUGUGAGAAAAUGUUCCACCGGAAAGACCACCUGAAGAACCACCUGCACACGCACGACCCUAACAAAGAGACGUUUAAGUGUGAAGAGUGUGGCAAGAACUACAACACCAAGCUCGGCUUCAAACGUCACCUGGCCCUGCACGCCGCCACCAGCGGUGACCUCACCUGCAAGGUCUGCCUGCAGACGUUCGAAAGCACAGGAGUGCUGCUUGAGCACCUCAAGUCUCACGCGGGCAAGUCGUCCGGCGGGGUCAAGGAGAAGAAGCACCAGUGUGAGCACUGCGACCGCCGCUUCUACACCCGGAAGGACGUCCGGAGACACAUGGUGGUGCACACUGGAAGAAAGGACUUCCUCUGUCAGUACUGUGCACAGAGAUUUGGGCGGAAGGAUCACCUGACUCGCCACAUGAAGAAGAGUCACAACCAGGAACUUCUGAAGGUCAAGACGGAACCGGUGGACUUUCUCGAUCCAUUCACCUGCAACGUCUCCGUGCCUAUCAAAGACGAGCUCCUUCCGGUGAUGUCCUUACCUUCCAGUGAACUGUUGUCAAAGCCAUUCACAAACACUUUGCAGUUAAACCUCUACAACACUCCGUUUCAGUCCAUGCAGAGCUCGGGACCCGCCCACCAGAUGAUCACAACUUUACCUUUGGGAAUGACGUGCCCGAUAGAUAUGGACGCUGUCCACCCUUCUCACCACCUUUCUUUCAAAUACCCCUUCGGUUCUACCUCAUACGCGAUUUCGAUUCCUGAAAAAGAACAGCCACUAAAGGGGGAAAUUGAGAGUUACGUGAUGGAGCUGCAAGGCGGCGUGCCCGCCUCAUCCCAGGAGUCCCAGGCAUCAUCAUCUAAACUGGGGCUGGAUCCUCAGAUCGGCUCCCUAGAUGAUGGCGCAGGGGACCUGUCCCUGUCAAAAAGCUCGAUUUCCAUCAGCGACCCCCUAAACACACCAGCCUUGGAUUUUUCCCAGCUGUUUAAUUUCAUACCCUUAAACGGCCCUCCCUAUAAUCCUCUGUCGGUGGGGAGCCUCGGAAUGAGCUAUUCCCAAGAGGAAGCGCAUUCUUCUGUGUCUCAGCUGCCCCCCCAGACCCAGGAUCUUCAGGAUCCCGCAAACACGAUAGGUCUCGGCUCCCUGCACUCACUGUCCGCAGCGUUCACGAGCAGCUUUAGCACGAGCACCACGCUCCCGCGUUUCCAUCAGGCUUUCCAGUAGGAGUCCACGACGUGGACCGAACGCAGACAUCUGUGUGUAGCCCUGCCUUAGGUGACCGUUUGUAUUUUAGUGCCUACGUUAAAACAGCAUAAACAUUUCUGCUUUUGUACAGUACCGAUUUUCAUUAAGCCAGUAUGACAUAGAAACAAGCUUUUAUAAGCGAGCUUCGGAACCGUUUGCGUUCAGUUCUGUUUACCUGGGUAUUUUGUCCACGCUCACUGCCAAUUGUCCUGUUUUAAGAUGGUUUUUCCUCUAGGGAAGCCAUUAUUAUCAGUAGCGGUAAAGUCUUACGAGUCCCACGUUCAAAUUACUUUUAGAUCUCAAAAUGUCCAGUUCUGUCCAAUAACCAUGGCUCUGCCUUUUGACAUUUGGCUCGUUAAAGAGUUUUGCAAUAGGAUGUAAAUUUUCUAAAAUGUAUGUGAAUAACCUGAGAGUUUUUAAAUUUUUACUAGUCUCUAAAUGGAUUCAUAAGCAAAUGUUUCAAAUGAAUUAAGAAUCCAGUUUGGGGAGAUGAUAGAUGUUUCUUUAGCUAUACCAUAAUUUCAGGUCAGUAUAUUUUGAAGACUUUGCUAUUGUCUGGCUCAGAUAUUUUGCUGUCUUUAUUAUGCACAUGUAAGGAAAACGAAACCUAAACACAAAGCACCAGUAUUUAUAGCAAAAAAAAGACUCCUGGGAAGGUGACACAGCAUUCCAUGUUACUCAGUAGUUGGCCUUAAAUCAGUACACAGGAUAUUUUUUGCCACCUUUCAAAGUUGCUCUCUUUCCGAUUGAAUAGUGCUAGUCACGUUACGGCAUGGGACUCUUCAGAGUCAGUGUAUGGAUCGAUCUCUGGGCUCCUUAAUCCUUUCCGCCUUUCGUGGCCAAAGGGUGGGGUCAAGUGCAGUCAGCAGUUCUAUUUUAAAAUGUCGGUCCACAGUUAGCCCAGAAUCGAGAGCCAUUGUGGAACACAGGUGUUAGGUGUGUUUAUCCCAGAGCGGACCGUCUCUUCUUGGAUGGCGUGAUAGAUAGACUGCUAAGAAGGCAGAUGUGUGACGUAAAGCACUUGGUUCGGCUCGGGAACCUGUCUAGGGAUCAUGUCCCUUGUUGCCAGGGUUGGAAACUAGCCUCUUGAAGCGUAAAGUCAAAGCAUAUCGCUUACGUCACUCUUACUUAACGUGAAAGCGACGAUCGAGAAGAGUGUGUUCCCUGGACGCAGCAGUUCUUAUGGGCUUUCCUCCUAGUAGACAACCACCAGCAUCCUUCUGAAGGUCACAUUAUAUUCUUCUAAGUGUUAGCUGGGACAUCUGCCUAAGAAACAUAUCUAUUAAGCACUUGCUAACACCUUAUUUGGGGACCCUGUCUGUUGGGGUGGGUAGGAGGGGGAAGGUUUAUAGAAGAGUGUAUAUCUCUUGAAAAAAAAAAAAAAAGAAAGAAAAAGAGAAGAAAAAUAUUUCUGAGUACUCAUUAGCCCUGUACGGAAGCUUCUUUUUUUCAUUCACAGGGCCGAUUAUCACUGCAGAUUGCGAUGUUUACCCAGAAUUUCUAAACAUGAGUGCAGAUUACGGAAUAUAAUACAUUAUUUAAAAUAUUUGGGAGUAGUAUAAUUUGUGGAAAAAUGUAAAUUGUAAUAAUGUAAAGGGGGGGUUUCACUAUAUAUAUUAUACACACACACAUAUAUCGCACUUCAUAGAACCAGAGUUGCUCUCUUAAAGGAGCUUUGGCUCCUGAUACUUUAUCAUGCUCCUAUUUUUUUUUUUAAAUUCUAGGAGCAGUAGUUUUUAUACUUAUGUAUUUAAAUUUUAUUAUUAAAAAAUUACAUUUUAUAAAAAGUGUGUUCCAAAGGCAUUAAAAUUAUAUAUGUUAAUAAGGAAAUACAUUUAAAAUUUUUUUCAAACUGCUCCUAAGCUUUUGAUUAGGAGACUAUUUGCUCUGAAAGUAGGCUUUUAGCUCUGCUUUAUUACUGCUUCCUUUAGUUUCUAUGAAACAGAUUGCUUACUUAAAUCAUUAGUUGAAUGAUUAGUGUUCAAUAUUGCUUUAAUCACCAUUAAAAAAAAAAGGAAAAAGAAAUUGGUGACAGAGCACAAAUAAAUAGAAAACCUAUUUUUAAGUAAACGUCACAAAUACAAGUGUGGAAGCACUACUUUGUCUAAAAUUUGCUUCAGGAGAAGUCAAAUUAAUGACCUGAGACGCUGGCCUUGGUAGGCUGUAUUUCACUGCUCAUAAACGAUUAAAAAGGGAGUACCAGGAUUUAUGCAGCAAAGCAUUUUGGAAAUGGGGAAUGGCACCAUAUGCGUGUAUAUCUUUUUAGCCUAAUUCUCGCCCUGCACGGAAUUCAGAUACACAGAGGCAUUUCUUUCAGGGCACCUGGGUUAGAAUUGUAGAGUCUUAAUAUUCACGUGAACACCCCUCUCUGCCUGUUGCUGCCUCACAGACUUGAAAUAACGCUUCCGAGGAAGAGGGACUUUCAGCUCUUUUGUUUCUCACAUUGACUCUACUGGUCACCAGACCCUUUUGGAGAGAAUUUCUGUUAAACACGAGGCAGCCUCAUUUACUUUAAUUGCACAAUGGUCUAACAAGGAUGCAACACAGAACUGGCUCUUUUUUCCUAGAAAAAGAAAAGUGGACAUGUGUUUUUCCAUCACCUGGAUGUGUUAAAAAUAAUGAUUGCCAAUGCUGUUUUUCACUCUCCCCAUGGCCAGAAGCCUCAUCCUUGAAAUUUCUAGUAGUGCCUUUGCUUGGUUUAAAAAAAGAAAAAAACAAAAAAAAGGGAUUAAGUAAAAACGUAAAAAUAAUUCAGUUUCUUAGAAUUUGGACCUCAGACAAGAUAUUGAACCUCAUUCAGUUUGAACUUCCACACGUGUGUACAGAUUCGAUCCGCAGACACAAAAGCACGAGUGCGGAAGGGUCUUGGCACCGUAAGCAAUAUUAUCCACUGAUGUAUGCAAAUAUCAUCUUCAUAGUAAAGUGGUCACUGUUACAAUUCACAUUUUAAACUCCUAUUACCGAGUGCAGUUUGCAAAACUCCGGUCGUCCUGGCUGAUCACACAUCACUCUUUGUGCAACUUUUUCAUUUCAUUUCGUGUUUCUUCCAAGCUGUGUAUUUCUGCCUAUUUGUUGCUUGUGCUUUAUUAGUCAUUUGUGGAAUAUAGUGAUAUAUUGUGUUAAUUGGGACAGUAGCGGUUUUUAAAAACCAUAUACUGACUGAAACAUGAGCCAGAGCUGACUGCUUUAUUAAGCUAAUAAUGAAUGUUAAAAGAGUACAUAAUUCAGGAUCGUUCAUCUAGUAAGCAAUACACGUAUAUAGGCCAAUAUUUUUUUUUUUUAAAAAAUAGAGCUUGGUCAACCUCUAUACUACACAUAUUACAAGAUAUAGCACUUUCAAAACGAAUCUAAACCUUUACAGAAACUUUCUUAUAGGUUAUGCCUUUUAUUUUAAGACUUAUUAUAAUUUGUUUCAAGUGCCAUUAGAUGAUAUAUAUGUAGGCCUUUGAUAUAUAAUGCUUUGUGUUCAAAAAUGGUAGAUGGUAUUUUAAACAGGUACAUUUUUACAGUGUUUUCUUAUCAAUUUGCUAUAUUGCACAGAAUCAGUGUGUGUCUUUUCAUAAGGUUUUACAAUGGUUUAUUUUUUUACAAGGUUUACGUGUCUCAAAACACACUGUCUUCCCAGUAUGUAAAUUAAAGAAUACCAGUUCACCCAAGUUGCUUCUAGCCUACUGAGAUCCACGUGACAUUGGAGGAGAUCUUCUAAAUGGCGAGCAUUCGUCAUUAGCAAUGGCAGACUGUUGUCUCUGACGAGUAGUGCCUCGGUUGACUCUGUCUUCUUUUUCUCACAGGGUGUCAGCAGCCAUGCCUACACCACAGAUAGUCUUGCUGUGAUCACCUAGAUCCACGCGAGUCGUGUUGUGUAGUUUUGUGCUAAGAACCCUCCAGGGCGCCCUUUCGAUCACGUAGAGCAGACCCAUGCCACCAGCAGUGGUAAAGGCACACGUAGGCCCUCAUCCCCCUUAGGCCCUUCUACAUUAUCAGCCCUCUGAGGAUGGAAAGGCAGUGUCUUUUGAUAAGUGCUCUAGCUCUAGAAAUGACAAGAACCAUUGCUAAUGUAUGAAACACUUCCUUGUAUAAGCUUCAGUGGUACAGACGAACCAGAAUGAAUGUUUAUCUUCUCAGAAACACUCCUUCGGUAUUAUGUUGGGUCAUGCUGCUAAUGGAACUUGGGAUACAACUCUUCAUGGUGCUACAAACUUCUCUGUCUCGUUCAGUCAUAUUUUUGUAUCCAUAGGAAAACAAGAGGACUCCAUUAGGCGUAAAGGUGUACAAUAUAUUUUUAUACUGUGACUCAGUUUGUCAUGAACAGACUUUUACAGCACCCACCACAAUGUAUUCGCGUGCACUUGCAAAAGGAAAUCUGGGACGUGCAAAUGUUACCGGAACAAACCCAGCUUUUGUCUGCGAGGUGACUAUUACUCAAAGUGAAAAGUGGGCUUCGUAAUACGGUGUGGAGUGAAGAACAUGCUGUAGGUUACUAACAGCCCUUUGAAUUUAACAAAAACUGGGAAUCCACUAGGAAAUGGAUUGCAUCAUGCCUGAGCAUAAGCUGGACUGCUGAAAUUGUACUUUUAGCUGACGAGAAAGUGUUUGGACUAGUACUCUCAAGAUGUUCUAAUGAUAAAGGUGUGAGUCAGAAUAGACCAGAAGAAUCUGCAUUCCAGGCUGAAUUUUUGUAUAUUUUUCUUGCAUUUAAAAAUCGCUAUUCUGUGAUAUGGGGAAAUCAAGUGGCUUAUCAUGUAUAUCGUGUACUUAAAAUGUAUUCACAAACUACUGUUGUAUUUGUAUAAAAUAUAGACAAAGAUCGUAUUUUUUGUGUGUGUAUAAGCUCUGUAAAAUAGCAAUCACAUUAUGAAGCUGCACUGAUACAUUUUAAACAUCCACAUCCAAAGAAGCAGGCUAUUUAUUGUCCAGUUACCCAGAUAUAAAAUAUUACUUUGCUGCUAAUUAAACAAUAGUACUGCA